CCCGGCUUUUUCCGGACCUCGGGCGCCGUGGUUGCCUCUUGACUCGCCAUGGGGUGCUCGAGCAGCGCUCAGACCCAAGUCAAAGACUGCAACCGGCCGGCUCCCAAGUCCCCGGACGCCAAUGGGCUGCAGAAAUGCGAUGACAACUUGCCCAUCACAGAUGAAAAUGAUACCAUACCUGACCAGUCCGAACUUGCAGUAAUGGAGGAAGUGGAACUUGGAAACAAAACUUAUGAAACAAAACUAAGUGAGGAUCUUGGCAAAGAAGAGGGAGAUGUUUUGAUUCCAGGGAUAACAAAAUGUGCCCUGUCUACCUGUCAGAGAGUAGACCCUGAGGGCACAGAGCCUCAUCCAGUGGCACUAGAAGAAAAGUUCACCUGUAGCGGGCCUUUGCCUGCAGGCCUUCUAGAAGCUGGUGAGCCUCGGUCCGUGGAACCAUCAGGAGAGGGUGGUGAACCUCAAUCUGUUACAGAAGCAGCCAGCACUUUGCUGUUAGAAACUGUACAGGACAGUAAGCCUGAACCUGUUGAAUCAUCAGAGAGAGUCACACCUGAGCCUGCUGCAGAGGAAAAUGUUAAUCUCGUAACAGAAAUGGUGAAGGAACUGCAAGUGCAUGAAGAAGAACAGCUUACUGAGGGUGAGGCGGGAGAAAAGAUGGAAACUGAGAUGCACUGCGAGAUAGUAAGUGAGGACUCGGAAACAAAAGAAGAAGAAACAGGAGAAGCUGCAGCAGCAACAGAGAGAGAAGCUACUAAUAAUGAAGAGUAACUCAUGGCUUUUGACUGGACUUCAUCCUUGAAUAACAUUAAUACUCUGAUUUGAGAAAAUCUGGAUUUAUAUGAAAGCUUACAUGGACAUGCCACCAUCACAGAGUACUAAGGGGGAAACAUUUUAAGGAUUGUAUUUUGGGAAGUCAAGUUGCCAAGAACCAUGGAGGAAUUGCAAUGAUAAACCUUCACAUCUGCCAUAUAGUGCCUUCUGUUAACUUCUACUUAAGUGGAAUUAUGUGUUAACAAAGUAAUUUUGCCUACUUCACUUAGAGAAUUAAGAAGUACAAAGGAUAAUCUAGGGUAAACUAUAUAAAACAAUAUCAAUUAUAGAAGUGAAUGCAUGUAAGUUUAGAUCUAACACUGAGCACUAGGAAAAUCUACGUGGUCUAAAGAGGGAUAAGUAUUAUUAGGUUCUAGUAGCAAUCAAUAAUGCAGCCAUGAGUUUAACUGCGUCAGUGCAAUUCCUGUGUGAAGUGACUCUUAUACGUAAAUACAGUACAGGAGCUUAAUAUUUCUGCUUUAGUGCAAUCUAGUAUGAGAUGUAUCAAUUCACCUUUUCUGUAACUCAUUAAAAUAGUCAUUGCAUUCCUCAAAAACACUUGUGGGGUAAGGACUACCAUGAAAUGACGACACUCUGCAAUUGCAAGAUAGAAUACCUGUCAACAAAGAAAAUACCCUGUAUACUUUAAUAAUUAGUGGCUGGCACCAUACCAAGAUGUACUUGAUUGUCAUUGUGAUGUGGUGGUAACACUUGUAUAAAAGGAAUUUUAAAAAUAUUAAAUAACCUGCAAUUAAAAUUCCAAUCAUAUUAAGUCAGAAUGCUUGUGACAACACAAGAUACUGGUACUCAAGGAAGUAAAAAUUAUAACCAAAUGUAGUUACUACCUCGAACUCGCAAUAAUUAUGCAUUUCUGCAACUUUUUCUAGGCAUGUGAAUCAUAUUUACUUUUAUAAACCUAUUAAUUUUUAAACAGUAAAUAUGAAAAAGUGAAUCCUUCAAGGGUUCUUUGAAAAACAAGAAUGAUUGAAGUGCAAAUCUCAUAAACAACAGAGAACUUCACAUUUUAAAAAAGAACCUGGCAGACAGUGUCUGACAGUACAGUACUCUUUAAACCACGCAACCAUUAAUUUUGAGCAGAGCUUAUCUUCACCUGUCUUGUCUGAAUCAGGGAAGCAUUAUUCUAUGUCAGGGUAUGCUUCUUCACAAAGUGCAUAAAAACCUAAUUUAAAAACAUCAAAAUAAAAAAAAUAC